GCAUCUCCCCCUGUACCCGUCUCCCCUGCACCACAACCCUGCUCUGACUGCAGGGAUAUUCCUGUUAACAGCGGGGUUUUGCUAAAGCUUCUCAGCCCCAGCACAAGCCAGAUCAGCGGGUCCUCUGGAUGGUUUUCAUUCUCUGCGUUUCCCUUGGCCACAGAUGUUCUUUGUCUGGGUGCAGGAUGUGACCCUGGUUAGUUCUAGGCAGAUGUUGGGGACAAAAAACCUCAAAUGAGGUCAGACUUUGCCUAUAAACCCGAUCACCCUGUGGUCAAAGCCCUGCCAAAGCUGGGUUUGAAGGGGAAAUGGACACGGGGUGAAUUGAAGUGCCAAGAAUAUCAAUUUAAUUCCUUUUUUCUCAAUAGAUCCCCAGCUGCCUCAAUGGGAUGAGAGGAAAUGUAAGGACUGUAAUCCAUACAGGUGCAGAAGGGGUGCAUAAAAUGAUAAAGCAGCCCUGAAGGGCCUGAUCAAAGGUCUGGAUAAUCUCAUGUCCCCUUUCCAUCACAGAAGGCUGGAGAUGAGUAUGGGAUGCUCCAAGCUGGGCUCUCCUCUGGGACAGGGAGGUUUAAUGUGCUCAUUAACGUCACAGGGCGGGAGAAACACCUCAGAGGACAGCCAAGGGUGCUGCAGGGAGGGAAAUCGAGGUGACCGUGUCCCUCAAGAGCAAAAGAACGUCACCAUGGAGGAAUCCAGGCUGAAGUACACGGGGAGAAAUGUGCCACUCCCUCCUCUGCCUUCCCAAACGCCUGGGAGGAGGACGAGGGGAUGAAGGAGGAGGACGAGGAGGGUGGGAAGGUAACCUGGGUGAAGGUGGAGGUGGGAUCCACCCAAGAGGGAUGAAACCCCUCUGGAGCACCCAAGAUCCUCAUAGCGUGGGAAAGACUCGAGCUGCCGGUGUCGGAUCCGGGGAUUUAUGCUGCUAAUCUGAUUAGUGUAUGAUGGACGUGUCCAGUUGGAAGGAGAUGGAGGUGGCACUAGUCAGUUUUGACAACGCUGAUCAGAUCGUGGAGGAUCCCUGUUAUUCAAACGACCUCAGCCCCGCCGGGCAGUCGCGGAAGGGCCACCCCAGCUGCGCCAACCUGCUCUCCAACCUGAGGAUCCUCAUCAACAGCGAGAACGCCAACAAUGAGACCAUCUUCUCCAGGUUCUCUGCCGAGUUCAGCGACCACCUGGUGGGGGAGAGGGUGGGCAUGGAUGAGGGGGACCAACGAGUCAUCAUCAACAUCGCUGGGCUGAGGUUUGAGACGCGGCUCAAGACCCUUGACCAGUUCCCUGAGACCUUGCUCGGGGACCCGGAAAAGAGGAUGCGCUACUUCGACUCCAUGAGGAAUGAGUAUUUCUUUGACAGGAACAGGCCCAGUUUUGAUGGGAUCCUGUACUAUUACCAGUCUGGUGGGAAAAUACGGCGCCCGGCCAACGUCCCCAUCGACGUCUUUGCUGAUGAAAUCACCUUCUAUGAGCUGGGCGAUGAAGCCAUGGACCAGUUCAGGGAGGAUGAAGGGUUCAUCAAGGAUCCUGAGACCCUUUUACCAACCAAUGACUUCCACAGGCAAUUCUGGCUGCUCUUUGAGUACCCCGAAAGCUCCAGUGCAGCCCGGGGCGUAGCUUUGGUCUCCGUCCUGGUCAUUGUCAUCUCCAUCAUCAUCUUCUGCAUGGAGACCUUGCCGGAGUUCCGAGAGGAAAGGGAGUUCAAGUCUGCCCAGGAGCUUUCUAGGAAUGUGACAGACACCUUGCUGGCCCACAGCACCUUCACGGACCCUUUCUUCGUCAUAGAGACCGCCUGCAUUGUCUGGUUCUCCUUCGAGCUCUUUGUCCGCUUCAUCGUGUGCCCCAGCAAGACUGAGUUCUUCAGAAACAUCAUGAACAUCAUUGACAUCGUGUCCAUCAUCCCCUACUUCGUGACGCUCACCACCGAGCUGAUCCAGCAGAGCGAGCUCAACGGGCAGCAGAACAUGUCCUUGGCCAUCCUACGGAUCAUCCGCCUCGUCCGGGUCUUCCGCAUCUUCAAGCUCUCCCGGCACUCCAAGGGGCUGCAGAUCCUGGGGCAGACCCUCAAGGCCAGCAUGCGGGAGCUGGGCCUGCUCAUCUUCUUCCUCUUCAUCGGCGUCAUCCUCUUCUCCAGCGCCGUUUACUUCGCGGAGGUCGACGAGCCCCAGUCCCACUUCUCCAGCAUUCCCGACGGGUUCUGGUGGGCCGUGGUGACCAUGACCACGGUGGGCUACGGAGACAUGUGUCCCACCACCCUGGGGGGGAAGAUCGUGGGCACCCUGUGCGCCAUCGCGGGGGUUUUGACCAUCGCGCUGCCCGUCCCCGUCAUCGUCUCGAACUUCAACUAUUUCUACCACAGGGAGAUGGAGAACGAGGAGAAGCAGAUCCUGCCCGGGGAGGUGGAGCGGCUCCUGGCCAGCGUGGCAACGGGCAACGGCAGCAUGGAGUCCCUCAAUAAGACCAAUGGGGGUUACCCUCGAGACAAGGCCAAAAAAUGAUGCUUGAGGCCAUGAUGGGACUGGGCACUGUCAGGUGGGAUUGGCUGGAAAAGGUAUCAAAUAUCUGCAUGCUCUGAUUUAAUUUUUUUUUUUAAAACCAAAUGUGCUGCUGCUUUUUUUUUUUCUAGACAUUUUUCAAUCUCUGAUUUCCUGUGGCUGUUCAAAUAAAUACCAUCUUUCUUAUCUCUC